AUGAAUCUUGAGAGAAGAAGCACUUUUCAGUUCAAAUACAAGAACGUGGACCUUGUAACACCAAUCAAACUCAACAGCUUUGUGCAAGACUAUGGAAGAAUUCUGGACAUCUUAAAUAAGAAGAUGGACAUGAUGAUUGCGGUGACAAUUGCUCAGUUCUAUGAUCCACCUCUACGUUGUUUCACAUUCUCUGAUUUCCGAUUGGCUCCCACCUUGGAAGGGUUUGAGAGGAUUAUAGGCCGGAAUUUGAAGGAUCAUAAUCCAUUUCCUAAGUUUGAUGAAGGUAUUCCUCCCAAGAGGAUAGCUUUAGCUUUGGGUCUGGAGGUUUCUGAAGUCGUGGACAACUGGGAUGUGAAGGGAGCUUUCAAUGUUCUCUUACCAAAUAUUGACCAUUUUGUGGACCACCUGGCGGUGAGAAUCUUCCUCUCUGGUAACCCUGUACCGUUCCUCCUGGCAGACCUCCACUAUGCUCUCCACGAUCGUCAUGAGAAGAAGGGAGGAACCAUUUUAUGUUGUGCGCAACUGUUCCAUGUCUGGUUUAAAUGUCAUAUGCCCGAAGAAGGCCCUUUUAUCUCCAAGGAACUCAAGCCCUCUCAGAAGUUAGCUUCUCUCACCUCCAAUCAUGUUAAGUGGUAUAUUAGGGAUUGGGAAAUCGAGGAUGUUAUUGUCAGCGUUGGAGACUUCCCCAAUGUACCUUUGAUAGGAACCAAGGGCUGCAUCAAUUACAACCCCGUGUUAUCUUUAAGGCAGCAUGGUUACCCCAUGAAUGGCCCUCCAAAAGUUGAAGCUUUAGAGCCCUUCAUCUUGCAUAGUGCUAAAGAAGAUCACCCCAUGGUGAAGAAGAUCAAGAGGUCAUGGCAAGCAAUUAUCAGAAAGGGUAAAGAAUUGGGUAAGAGAAAUGUCAUUGCUCGCGAGCCUUAUACUUGUUGGGUGAGAGCGAGAGAGGGUUCGGAUGGUUAA